GGUACCGGUUCGAAGAACUGCGCUCAGCCAAGCAACAUGUGUAUGUUGUGUGCCGUGUGCUCACUUUUAUUUGUUCGUCUUUCUUUUCAGAGGACUGCUAAUAGUCCAAGCGCCCAGCUAAGCUAAGCCAAACACAUUGCCUACCAGGAAGAAGAGUGAGUGAAGAUCAGGAGGCAAGAUGGUGUUUGUAGCUCGUACCGGUGCAGCCCGUGCUGGUGCUGCCCGUCGUCAGGCUGAAGGUGGCGCCAAGGAGAGACACAAUCUGUUGAGUAAGCGGAGAGAGGCGCUUAGAGGAAGGGCGGAAGAGGUAUUCUGCGACAUGGGCUUGCCAGUCCACGGCGAGGAAGACUGGUUGCUAGAAGACGACAUUUACGAUUAUUUGGAAGAAGUGCUGAAUAUCGAAGCCGAGAAAAUCCAACCGGAAGCGGUUAGUCUGUUGCUGGACACGGCGCAGCGGCACAUGAAACAAAAGGAAGGUUGGGUAUUUGACGACAAGGACGAACCAGCGCUGUCCCGCGAUGCCCUCAUUGACGCCGUGGUCAAAUAUGGAGAAUUCAUCAAACGAUUCGAACAAAAGGGAGAAGAAGAUGUUUUUAAAAAGUACGACAAACAAGACGAUGGAAAUUUGAGCAGACGAGAAUUGAGACACAUGUUGCAAGAUUACGAACGAAAAGCGACCCGAUCCAAAAAUGGACUUGUCAUUACCUUUAUGAUUUAUGAAACCGAUCUAGAUUGGAUCAUUGCACAAGUCGAUGAAGAUGGAAAUGGAGAAAUUGGAAGAGGAGAAUUCUUACCGGCCAUUGCGGCAUGGGAAGAACUUGCUGAAGCUAGGUUGCAGCAACCACAUUCCUGUUGUGUCAUUCUCUAAACAACAAUCCAUUCAAUGCAAUGCAAUUCAAUUUUGGAGAGACUAAGAACACAUGCAUGAUGCAGCCACGCUACUCUGCCCAUUCCAGUUUUUUUAAUCUUUCACAGCAAACCAACAAACAAUUAGUAUUUAUCGAGGCAGGACAAGCUUGACCGUGUUCUGAACGGACAAUAAUAUUUAAAAUGCUGGAAACAAUCAAUCAUGCAGACGGUGGUCACAAAACAACAACAAACAACCACAAUAAAACGACAACGAACGAGAUAAUCAACAGGCAAGCGACAACCAGAGAUUACCAAUAGCAGUACAUACAUAUUAGCAACAGAGGCUAAAUGGCAUACUCGAAAGAGCCAUCACCACCCGUUCAGCAAA